AGCCGCCCAAACCGCCAAUCCACACCCACUGUUAGUCAUAAAAUCCGUACACGCAUAUUUCCUCAUUCAGUCUUAAGCUUCCAUAGAUUCCUCCGUGCCGAAACCUUUUAAAUUGUUCGUCACCCUCCCUCGUAGAAACGUCUGUUGCCAUGGCAGCGCUGGGUACUCGUGGGACAGUGACUGCGGCCGCUGGUUUCAAUGCAGAGGCGGACGCCAAGCGCCUGAGCGAGGCCAUGAAGGGAGCAGGCACUAAUGAGGCCACCAUCAUCGAGGUCCUGGCUCAUCGCACCAUCGCCCAGAGGCAGAGCAUCAAGGAUGCUUAUAAGAAGACGCUGGGGAAGGACCUGGGACAUGACUUGUGUUCAGAACUGUCGGGUCACUUUGAGAAGGUGGUGGUCGGCCUUCUCAUGACGCCCCCCGUCUAUGACGCCCACGAGCUGAGGAACGCCAUAAAGGGCGCGGGGACGGAUGAGGCCUGCCUCAUCGAGAUCCUCGCAUCCAGAACCAAUAGUGAAUUAAAGAGCCUCAAAGACUGCUACCACCAAGAAUAUAACAGGAACUUGGAGGACGACAUCAGUGGUGACACUUCUGGAAUGUUCCGGAGGGUCCUAGUGUCUCUGCUCACGGCUGGACGUGACGAGAGCACCACCGUCAAUGAGGCCCUGGUGAAGCAAGAUGCCAAGGAAAUCUAUGAGGCAGGGGAGGCCCGAUGGGGCACCGAUGAGGUCAAGUUCCUCACGGUGCUGUGUGUGAGAAACCGGAACCAUCUGCUCCGAGUGUUCGAUGAGUACCAGAAGAUCUCUGGGCGGGACAUUGAGGAGAGCAUAAAGAGGGAGAUGUCGGGCACCCUGGAGGAGGUCUUCCUGGCCAUCGUGAGGUGCAUUCGAAGCAGGCCAAGUUUUUUCGCAGAACGACUGUAUAAAUCCAUGAAGGGCCUGGGCACCACAGACAGCAUCCUGGUCCGGGUUAUGGUGUCGCGUUGUGAGAUCGACAUGUUGGACAUCAAGGCGGAGUUCCUCAAGAUGUAUGGCAAGACGCUGUACUCCUUUAUCAAGGGUGACACCUCAGGUGAUUACAGGAAAAUCCUGCUGGUACUGUGUGGAGGAGAGUAAUGGAGGACGUGGUUUGUGACAUCAUAAGCCUGCCAAAAUUUACUCCUCAUUUUAUUCCUCCUGUCUGGUGCUUUAGGGAAUCCUUACACUUUUGUUAUAUUGAAUAAAUAAAAAAGGCCUUCUGUAAUCACUGAUUUUUAUAACCCCUAUUUUGCAGUAACCCAUACCUUUAAUGAAUAAAAGAUUAACUUCUAUAA